UGGCGAUUUUUAUUUUGCUUUUUGUGUUGUUGUCAACUGACAUACUGAGUGUGGCAACCGUACAUAUUUUGGAUGUUUUAUAGAUGUGCGUAAAAAUCUGGGCCUUUUUAAAAUGUUAACUCACCAUCAACUUUAAAUCAAUGAUAAGGGACAGAUCUCUCAAAUUCUAAACCUUGUAAUAGAACAGCAAAGUAAUGUUAGCCAGAGUUAGUUAACACUAUAGUUGGUGUCAUCAUUAAAGGAUAAGUUUGCCCAGAAAUAACAAUUCAGUCAUUAUCUAUAUUGUCCCCUUGCCAAUUUAAUUUGAUUUAAAGUCCGGUGAAGUUUUGUCCAGCUUUACCUGUCGAUAUUUGUAUAUCUGACAAAGCACAUUAUGCAUUUUUUAAUAUGUAUAUCUGCUCCUCUCCACUGUGUUUGAGUCUCAGUGCUCAAAGCACAGCUUUUGACAACAAACAAUAAGUAAUGGCUUCAGUCUUCUUUCUGCCAUAAUGAGGAACACAUGAAGUUUAACUACCACUCACUCACUCACUCACUCACUCACUCACUCACUCACUCACUCACUCACUCACUCACAUGAUGUCCCAGUUUCCUGUGGCCAACAACUGCUCUUCAGAAAUCUAGGGGUCCAGUGUGUGGGGAAGACCUUAUGAGGUGAAGAAAGUCCAAGGACGCCACUGUGGUUCAUAUGCUAUCUGUUAGCCCGAACCCUGACUGACCCUGCUGCUUACUUCCUGCUCCCCAUCCAUUCAAGAGGAGGCUGGGCUCCCUCUGGGUGCAAAAAAACACCAUGUGCCAAAACUGGAGCGGACAUAGUACUGCCCCAUAGACAGCUGAGCCUCUUGUUAACCUUCCCGUCUAGUCUGAGGACUGUUUUUAUCCUCUACGUUGCAGCAACCAAGAUGAAGAAGGUGGCAGGAUGGUCAGCAGAGGACGUCUCUGAUUGGCUGAGCAAAGAGGGGAUGCCGGAGUACAUCGAUGCCCUCCGUCAAAUGGAUGGCCCCUCUUUGCUCAGGCUCACCGAGGCUGAUUUCAAGAUGCCUCCCCUCUCGCUGGUGUCUUCUGAUGGUGGGCAGCAGAUGUUGGAGAGACUGGAGACGCUGCAGAUAGAAACUCAUAUCGAGGCUCACAAAAAUGGCCAUGCCAACGGGCACACUGGUGGGCUCCCUAAUGGAACUAGCAAGCCUCAGAGGAAUGGCACAUUGGGCAUGAAGGACUUCAGAAAAGAGAUGGUCCACAUCCCCAUCCCUACAAUGGAAAAGACACGCUCCUCGUUCCCUGCUGAGUGGGGGAAGACGGGCAUAGCGUUUGUCUACGCAGUGGUUUGCUUUGUCACCACCACUGUCGUCAUUUCAGUGGUCCAUGAGAGAGUACCGCCAAAAGAGCAUACCCCACCACUGCCUGACAAGUUCUUUGACAUGUUUAACAGGGUGGAGUGGGCCUUCUCCAUCUGUGAGAUUAACGGCAUGCUGCUGGUGGGACUUUGGCUUAUACAGUGGACUCUGCUCAAAUACAGGUCAAUUAUAGGCAGGCGGUUUUUCUUCAUUGUGGGCACACUUUAUCUGUACCGGUGCAUUACCAUGUACAUCACCACUCUGCCUGUUCCUGGGAUGCACUUCAAAUGCUCUCCAAAGCUUCUGGGGAACUGGGAGGCACAGAUGAGGAGAGUAAUGAAGAUGAUUGCCGGUGGGGGCCUAUCCAUCACAGGUUCUCACACCAUGUGUGGAGACUAUCUGUACAGCGGCCACACUGUCAUGCUAACGUUAACGUACCUCUUCAUCAAGGAGUAUUCCCCCAAGCGGUUCUGGUGGUACCACUGGUUUUGCUGGACCUUGAGUGCUGUGGGGAUUUUCUGCAUCCUUCUGGCACAUGACCACUACACUGUGGAUGUGCUGGUUGCAUACUUUAUCACUACACGCCUCUUUUGGUGGUACCACACCAUGGCCAACCAGCAGUCACUGAAAGAGACGUCACAGAGUAACCCGUUCUCACGGGUGUGGUGGUACAGACUUUUCCUAUACUUUGAGGAGAAUGUCAACGGCAUGGUCCCUCGCAACUAUCAGGUGCCGUCGUCGUUGCGGGCAUUGCCUUGGAACCGAGGUGUGAAGUACAGCAAACUGGACAUUCAGUGACCCUUAUUGUGUCGAAGCGGAAAAGGACAUUGACUUCCAAAAGUGCUGUUUUUACCCAUGGAAGAUGGCACUGUUCAGUGUAGCGCGCUGUCCUUUCACCUCUAGUAACAGACACAUCCCUGUCCAAAUGGGUAGCACUGUGACCCACCUAGUAUUUUUUUUUCCUCUGUGUGUAAACAUAUAUUAUUUUUGUUCUCUCUUGUCCUCUUUCUCCUAGUAGUCGUCAACACAGAGCACUAAUUUAUAUUUGUUUUGUGUCUAUUCCUCUUCAUGGGCCACGAGACAGUUUCUGCUUCUGUAGCAGGUCUUGAACCAUUUCGACAAACUUCUAAAACUCAACUUGUAUUUGGCCAUAAGGACUCAAUAACUUUUUUUUCCCCUCUCUGCACAAAUCAUAGUUAACGUCUUCAUGUUCCUACAAGCUUUUUAGUGCAAAUGGUGUCAAAGAUGUAUUUGAUAACCAAAUUGCCAUAAGCUUUCUUCUUCUUAUUUUUUUUUAAUAGAUUGCUUUUUGUAAACAGUCCUUGCUAAAAUGAGUCAAAGGUGCAAAAAAUACUUUUUUUAAGUAUGUCAAACUUUAUUUUUCAAAAACAAAUGAUGUCCAAGAAAAUAUUUUUAGAUUUUUACCUUUUUCAAGAUGGAUAACUGAGAGCAUAGAAACUAAUGUGGUUUAACAUUAUUCCAGUGCCUUUCUUAGCUUGAUUGUAAUACAGUUCAAGUACUAUGUGUCUUGUGUCCCCCUGCCGUGGCUGUGACCACACCACAGUAGGAGGUGGUACUUAGUUAACAGUCUCGUUCCCAUGAAUGUAAAAGCAACUACGCCAGCCUUACCAGUGAAUUGGUUUCCUCAAAAUUAAGUGCAGUGAGUGAAAUGUCCCUUUUUAUUUAUUGAUGCGUUAUGAUGUCAGUUUGUGUUUCGUUGGAUAAUGCUAUUCUAACAAAAAGAAAAUGACUGUUAAUUAUGUUUUAUGUCCAUAACAUUUAAUUUUUUUGUUUACCAAUCAGUCUUUAACCAACACCAGCCAUGUCCAAAGCCCGGUCAUUGAUGCUCAGUCAUCAGCUAGCUUUUCUUUUCAACAAUAUCUGCUAAACAUCACUGCCUGAUUGGAGACUGGAUAAGAAAUUUCUCCAAGGUGCAGAGUCGAGUUAUUCUGGACCUCACGCUCUUUUGCAUCAUUGUCGCAUCUGUUUGCUCAGGAGAUAACAAGCCCUUCCUUUGCUCCCCACGUCGGGUCCUAUUUUGAAAUUGGAAUUUUCCUCGUCGCUGUCCCGUCUCGUAACCUUUUGUUGUGACGAGAUCUAGAGGAAAAUAUAACACGAGUUGUGAAAACGAGGCUGCAGGCAGAGUUUCUGAGCAUGUCUGUGAUGAAUCUUCUUUUGUUUAGUUUGUCUUGUGCUAAAUCAAGCUGCUACCUUACGGUUAGAGGUCAGUCUAUCUGUUACGCCACCACCUCGGUAGCUCAACGUGGUACAUGUGUGUGGGGAACAAGCUGAAGCAUGAUGCACAGAGCUCCUGAUAUAUCUGGACAUAUGCGUGCAAACAGGACUUUGAUUUCCAUGAAUGUGAAAAGUGUGUCCUUACUGAUGAUCCUAAUCAUAUAGAUGUCGACUUGUUUUGUUAUUUUUAAAAUGCUUUUCUUUGUAUAACUAUGACUGAACUGUAAACAAUAAAAAUGUAUUGCACAAGUUCA